AUGAGGUCGCCUUUCCCUUCUGCCGCACAGGCAUACGCAAAGUCCAAAGACUCGGCCACGUCAAGUCGGCAUCAUCCUGACGCCCGUCUGACUAUCCUCCCCCUCCCCUCCCUCGCCGCCCUCUACCCUAUGGACCCCACCUCUGCUGCCUCCGCCUCAUCCUCCUCUUCCUCCUCUCCCACUUCCACCUCUUCUUCCUCUCUUUCCGCAACUGCUCCUUCCUCCUCUUCCCUUACCUCUGGGGAUUUUCUCUACCGCCACUCAAGUUCUCCCUACAACGCACAACAACAACAGCAGUACCACAACCACAACCAUCAUCAGCGUCAACCUUCUUAUCAAUCAUACGACAGGAAUUAUCAAAAGUCCCCACCUCCUUCUCACCCUACUCCCACUCCCUCUCCCUCCCCCGAUACUCAAACCAACAACAACUCGAACAACAAGGCCGCAAGUCAAUCGCCUUCGCUCUCCAACAAGCACGAGUAUAUGGGCACCAACAUGGAGUCUCUUCUGGAUGCUGUUGAGGUUCAUUCGACCCUCUUUGCCUCCUCUGCCUCCUCGACUGGCUCCCUCUCCCCUCCAGCGACCACCCUCUCGCUCUCGUCUGCACCCUCGUCCCCCGCAGCGUCCGAUCACUUCUCUGUCACCGACUUCUCCUCUGAGACUGCGACUGUCUCGGGUGACGGCCAUUUUAAACGGACACAGACCAGCAGCAGCCCUUCCCUUCGCCGCAUGUCCAUCAGCAACCUUGUUGACGACCUUGAACCUCUCCACCAGCGCGCAGGAUACGACCAGGUCCCCGCCCCUGAGAGCAACCAGCGCCCUCGCCUCAAGCCCAUGCUCCCCCGCCCUUCCUCGCCCAUGCUCUCCGCCAACCACGUCACUCACAAGCGCAAGUGGUCCCGCCUCAGUACCCACACUUCCGAGGACCCUCGCAACACCAAAGUCAGACGCUCCAUCCACGACCUCCUCGACAACACCUCAGACUCCCAGGUGGCCACCCGCCCCUUCAACAUGGCCCCCAUGGUCGAGGGUAUUCGCGGUCUGGCAUCAAUGCAGCCUGUCAUGUCCUCCACCGAGAUGUCUCGCAGCUCGGUCAAAAAGACUAUAGUCACUUGCUAUCAUGCCGCAGUUGCACAAAAAUCGUACGGAUCAGAGAAGCGCUUCUUGUGUCCACCCCCUUUUGUUCAAAUCCAGGGAAACCCCUCCGACUCAAACUCGGCAGCCCUCAGCAAGGUCCAGGUCGCCAUGUCCGUCAUCUGCGAGUCGGGUGAGAACUCUCCCCUCGGUCAGCGCUCAACCUUGGAGGACGACCAAUCAAGCACCUUCCGCUACCUCUAUGUCAGCGGCACCGCCAAGGCAAAGUCGUUCAAUCUGAAGAUCCAGGUCUACGAUCAUCCUUGCCUGCCUAACGGAUUCGUCUCUGGCGAUGCCACCCAGGCUCAAAUUGCAGGCCAGUCAGAUGCCGACCUCCCUGAGCCCUGCGCUACGUUCGACUCACAACCCAUUACUAUCAUUUCCAAGCCUUCCAAGAAGACUGCCAAGGCACGCAACGUCUCCUCCUGCAUCUUGGCCGGCUCUCUUGUCUCGCUCUUCAACCGCAUUAACUCUCAGACUGUCCGCACAAAAUACAUGUCUGCUCAAGAUGGCGAGCUCUGCGCCAAGGGCUCUACCUGGUCUGCCUUUACCAUCUCGAUCGUAGCCAACGGUCCCACUUCGCCCAGCCCAUCCCGCAAUGGUGCCGCCAAGUCGCACCACCGUCAGCCUGUCCAGCCCACUGCCUCGCCCAUUACCUACGGAGCCGAAAUCAUUCUGACCGAGACUGCAACUGGCUUGCAGUCUGAUCGCUUGAUUGUCUGCAAGGUCGAGAAUGGUCGCAUCAUCGAGGGCGCCAUUGGACCUAUCUGCCAGAUGCAGAAGGUUGCCCUCCAGUCGACCCGGCGCGCGGCCGAUGAUCGCCCCUUGUACCUUGGUGCUGGCGGUGAUGACCACCAGGGCGGUCGCUUCAUGGAUCACACCACGGCCACCAACACUGUUCUCAGAUACGAGCCUACCACCAAGCCUGAAUACUACAGGCCCGGAAGCGAUGAUUUCCUGUGCUGGACCAUCGUUGGUAUCUGUAAGUACAUGUUGACAUGA